AGAGCUACAUUCAGCGCUUUUCUUCCACAGCAGAGUUUGGCAAGGUCAGAGAGAGUGCACUCGAAUCGGCAGCUCUCUGACAACAAAUAUCAAAGAAGAUGCAUUUUAACCCCCUUUUUAUCGUUGCCUUGUGUAAUCUGGCGUAGUUAUUAUGCAGAAUACUGCUAGCUUUUUUCCUCAAACCUAAAUAAAUUCAAUUUAAGCCCCUAACCUGGUUGCUGUGCGCUCGCUUUCUUGGCUUUCACCCACUGUCGUCUUAAUCGCGCCUGGCUGGAUCUUAUUUUCAACAAUCAUCCGUUCAGAAAUGGAUUUUGAAAUUGCUCCAGGCGACGUCAGCCCUGUAACUGAGCCGUUCAUCGCCGGGCCUGAGUCCGUCCUCCGACCACUUCGGCUCUCUCUGCCGGGGGACGGGACGAGGGGCUCCCCCUGCGUGAAGACCCUGUCCUCCCCCGGACCCAUGGCAGUGCUGUCUCCGGUGACCAACCUGGCUCUGAACAUGAAUAAUCUCGCCGUUCUUGGAAGUCAAUGUGAGACACCAAAGCGGAAGAAAGCUUUGCCCCUCCUGAAGAUCCCGUCCUUCGCCUCUGAUGCCUCAUCAGAUUCAGGUCUUGGACUAGAGUCUCCCAGCCAUUUGGACACUCUGGAUGCUGAGUUGAAGUUUGAGAAGGCCAUGCAGGAUGCCACACGAGCCGUUAAUGAAAAAAUGCCCAUUCGCAGGAUACACUCUUUGCCACUGCAGUUUUUGGGUCACAGUCCCAAUUUAAAAAAUAAAGAACCAGAUCCCUCGCGCUAUGGAGUGUGGACUCGUGCAAAUGGCAGCGACAACAAAGAGAACCUGGCUGAGGAGAAUUUUGAGUUCAAGAAGCCUUCCAUGCCAGCAUCGCGCUGUCGCAUGCGGUCCACUGGAGGCACCAAGGAUGCUUUUGCCUGCCGACCCAACUCUGCUCCUGCUUUAAUGCUUUCCCCGCCUUCCUCCCAUCAGCCCGACUCUUCAGAUGAGAGCAGUCCCUUCAUAUUGCGCCGCCCCUCUCUCUCCUGUCUCCAUGAUGAUGAUGACGAUGAUGGCUUUUUAGAAGGACUGGAUGAUGUGGAGAAUGACUCUGAGGUUCCUUUUGGAAUGGACAGCCUUCUCACAGCUCCUCUGGUGGCUAAACAAAGUAGUGACAGUAAUUAUUCGCCUGUUGUUCGCUGCCGUCCACGUGGGUUGUUCCGAUCUCCCUCUAUGCCGAACCCUGUAGGGCGUAUCCAACUAAAGAGACCCGAGAGGCCACAAGAUGAGAACACACCUGUCAGAGUGAAGAGGAGGCGGAGCCUGGCAGGGACCCAAGUUGCACCCACAGAGCAGGAGGAUGUUAUGCCUCAUCAGGUUCAAAGGUCAAAGUCAUUUAAUCAUGCACAGAUUGAAAGCAUGAUAGAUACAGAUCCCAGUAAUGUUAUCGGAGAUUUCACCAAGGCUCCUGCUCUCCCCACAGUAGAAGGAAAACACCAGGAGUUGAAAUACAUCACUCCAGAUAUUAUGGUUAAAGCAAUGAACGGGCAGUACAGCGAUCUGGUGGAGAGGCUGUUUGUCAUCGACUGCCGCUAUCCUUAUGAGUAUGAGGGUGGCCAUAUUAAGGGUGCCCUUAACCUCCAUCAAGAGGAUGAAAUUGAAGGCUUCUUUUUAAAGAAUCCUAUUCUCCCAGAAUGUCCCGAGAAGCGUGUCCUGCUUGUUUUCCACUGUGAAUUUUCAUCUGAACGCGGCCCACGGAUGUGCCGUUACGUUCGACAAAGAGAUCGAGAUUUGAAUGAGUACCCCAACCUCCAUUACCCUGAACUCUAUAUCCUGAAGGGAGGCUACAAAGACUUUUUCCCGCUUCAUAAGUCGGUCUGUGAACCCGAGGCUUAUAGGCCAAUGCAUCAUGAAGACUUUAAAGAAGACCUGAGGAAGUUCCGCCUUAGGAGCCGCACAUGGGCUGGAGAACGCAGCAAGAGAGACAUGUACAGCCGUCUCAAGAAUCUUUGAGGCUCAUGCUCGCAUUCCCUCAUCAUUUUACUGCCUUUACUAGCUCAUAUGCUGCCCUCACACAUGAGACAUGGCAGAGACCUGAAGACUUGUGUUUGAUGGGAACAGUUGUUGGAUUUCAGGGUUUGGUAUUUCUUUAGUACCACAAAGUCAGCUGAGGUUGUGAGGCUAUUAUGUAUCUCUGCACAUUUGGUUAGAUUUUUAUGACUUUUAAACUCCUUUUUUUUUUCCACCACCCUGAUCUCCCUUUAGAAACACAGUUACAUGUCACUGUCAUUUAUUACACAUGCACAUUUUAACUAACCUGUAUUUUAACCCCUACAGCCCCCCCUGCCCUUUUUCGUUUACCGGCCUGUCCUAACUUGUAUUUCAGAUUAAAUAACGACUAUUUUAACUUGCCACCACCCCCCACCCCCCCAAAUAUAGCACUUUUCCCCCCUGUUUUAUUUGUAGUGGUGAUUUCAUUUCAUGCAUCAUUUCGUCCCCUCUUCCUCCCGCAGGAGAACCAAGUAUUACAUUUGUUGUAUAAAUUGGUUUAAGUAUUCUGAAUGUCACAAUUAUGCUAAUUCUAAUAUCAUAAAAUAAUGAUUUUAAUCUUUUCCCAUAUAUUUUCAGAAAUGUGUAAAGCGUUCUGUUGAUGAUGACCAUAUUGCUUUGACUGUCCUAUUUUGAAUUUUUGGAAAUUGUGAGAAUUCAAUUGUUUUUUGGGGGAGCUAGCAAUAAUUAUUACAAAAAUGUCCCCACUUGUCUGACAGCUUUAACUCAGGAAAAAGGAUCCUGAAUUUUGCUGCUGGUCAGGAAGUGAUGACCGCAUCCAAAGUUUACCAAAAAGUUCUGAAAGGAGUUUUAGUUCUAUUUGUUUGUAAACUAGUGACAGUUGAGAGAUCCAGUUCUCACUCCCAUGCAAGUGUUUUGUAAAUUUCAUCUUUCUGAGUGUAUGUGUUUUAUUGGUCAUGUGUAAAUGAGAAGCUGGUUUUUGUAUUCAUGAAUAAACUUGGAGUUUGGGGUAAUAA